AUGCCCAGCCUGGAAGGAAAGCGCGCGCUCAUCACGGGUGGAUCCCGUGGAAUCGGUGCCGAGGUGGCCAAGCAGCUUGCCGAGCGCGGUGUGCGCAUCGCGAUCAACUACGUGGCCGCGCAGGACCGUGCCGAGCAGACUCGCGCGAGCUUGAAGGGCGACGGACACGUCCUCGUCCAAGGCGACGCGUUCACGCAUGAGGGCCUCGCGCAGAUUGUCAAGGGCGCACGGGAGGGCCUGGGUGGUCUCGACAUUGUGAUUUCCAACGCUGGGUGGACGCAGUUUGGCGCUUUCAACGAUCUUGAGUCGGUGUCGGAUGACGACUGGAUCAGGUGUUACCAGACCAACGUCAUGUCGCACCUGUGGCUCAUGCAGGAGGUCAAGGAUGAGCUCAUCGCGAACAAGGGAUCGUUUGUGAUCUCGGCGUCUGUUGCGGGCCUCAAGCCCAGCGGAAGCAGCAUGGCAUACUCGGUCUCCAAGGCCGGUACCGUCCACCUGGCCAAGUCGCUCGCCAAGGCGUGUGCGCCCGCGCGCGUCAACGCAGUGGCUGCUGGCGUCAUGCUCACCGAGUGGAGCAAGGGCUUUACGGAAGAGCACGUGCAGAAGGUCAAGCAGACCAACGCCCUCAACAUGAUCUGCGAGGUGGAGGACGUCGCGAGCCAGUACGUCUCGUUGUGCGAGAACAAGUCGAUCACUGGCCAGAUCAUCGAGGUUAGCGCUGGGUUCCAGCUGUAG